AUGGAUUUGUGCGACUUCACGCAAGACAAUACGGGAGGGCGAGCCAGCGAUUGGGCAACACUGCCAGAAGCUGCGAAAUGUCCCGCGAUCCUUCAAGCCAACAUUGAUAUGAUCCAAUUGUGCGGUCUUGAAUGCGAAGUACGAGCCGAACCAAUGCCUACUUCCCGAUCUGAUCUUCUUCUCACGCUUCAUACCUACACUAGGAACGGGUAA